AUGGCCGAUGAGUAUGGACCGGUCUUCACCAUCAGGCUUGGGUUGUUCCUGGCCAUAGUGGUUAGUAGUUCUGAGAUAGCCAAAGAAUGUUACACAAAACAUGACCUUGCCCUUGCAUCUCGUCCGAAGCUAUUAGCCACUGAAGUUUUGGGCUUCAAUUAUGCCUUUUUUGUGUUGGAUCCUUACGGUCUGUAUUGGCGUGAAGUGAGGAAAAUCGCCACCUUGGAGUUGCUCUCUAACCGGAGGAUUGAGUCAUUGCUCAAAGCUAUAGUGGCGUCGGCGACGGAUAUUGCCAUUACAGUGGCGUUGCCGCAGCCGAUGAGGAAGAGGAGAGGAGAUGCUCUUCCAUUCUUGAGAUGGUUGGACUUGGGUGGCCAAGAGAAGUCCAUGAAGAGGACCGCCAAAGAGUUGGACACAAUCAUAAGCGGUUGGCUAGAGGAGCACAAAAGGAUUAACAAAAAUUUGAGCGAGAAGAGGGUUGAUCGAGAUUCCAUGGACGUCAUGCUAUCGACCCUUAAUGGCAUGGAUAUCGGAGGUUUUGACCCUGAUAAAAUUGUCAAAGCUACAUGCUUG